AUGUUGGGUGGGCAACCAAAGAUGGUGGCACCUCUAGUUGCGCUUAAUGCCCUGACACAAGGGACUGGUCCAACAGUACACGUUGCUCCAGACACAUCGGACAAUAAGCUAGGAGUGCUGCAUGAGGACUGCAUGAGGGAUGGCCACUGUCUAGUGGUGGGGCUUGGUGACGAUUCAGAAGUGGUAUUGGCUCCGGUGCAGACACACAAAGGUGAUGGUGCACAUGCCCUUUUUUGGGGUUACUGUAUCCUCAGGGGGGUCGUUUCUUGUGGAUCGCUGCUGUUUGAGAAUGGAGGCCAGCUUCCAGCGGUGUUUGAUCUUGAUGAAACCCUUGUUUUGGCGAAUUCUGGCCACAACUUGGGUCAGCGACUUGAGGCUGCAUCCAGACAGAUGCAAGACCUACACGAUCAGUUGGAGUGCUGCACAGUGAAAGAAGAAAGGGAAAAGCUGCAAGCACAGAUUGCGGCUGUGGAGCAUGAGCAAGUCCUCCUGCGGGAAGACCACCAGAUGGUCCAAAGCUAUGCAGAGAGCAACAAAGUAGAGGUGAAUGGCCAGGUCUACCACGCAAGGGAAGAGACUGUGGAGUCUGGAAAUGGUGUUACAUCCAGGCCCAUCAUUCGAAUUCCAGAAGCUGGUCUGGUUCUGACACGCAUCGAUUCCUCAAAACCUGAGACAUCCAUGGUGAUCCGUAUCCGACCUGGGUGGGAGAACCUGCGAGCCUACCUGUCAGGCCAGAUGGAAAACAAACGACAAAAGUGGAAAGUGUUUGUCUGCACCGCUGCAGAGAGGGAGUAUGCACAUGAGGCAUGGCGUCUGUUGGACACUGCUGGAGACCUCAUACCGGCUGCUGAGAGACCCUCUCGCAUUUUCUCUGGUGCAAGAAAGAAGUCGCUCAUGCACACCCUGAAGUUGGGCCCCUUCUCCCCUGAGCCCCUGCCUGCUCAUUGUGUCUCUGGAAUGAAUAUUGCGCCCCUGGUUGAGGGAGUGUCAGAGAUGCCAUUGGCACUCAUCAUUGACGAUCGGCUGGAUGUUUGGGAUCGCCGAAACAGGAGCCAAAUUGUCCAGGUGACACCUUACCUGCAUUACAAGAGCCACAAGUCUUCAGAGAAGAUUCCGAAAUAUGAUGCAAACGAACUGCUGAGGGUGAAGUAUAUUUUCCAGAGUCUGAGGGCAGAUUUGUACUUCUCACUGUGCGAGGUGAGGAAACUGUAG